AUGGAUGAUGUGAAUCAAGAGAUCCACGAUGCAGUAUUGCGGGGUGAUCUUGAAGCCGUCGAAAGUUUGUUAAAAUUUGGUUCAAACAUAAAUCAAACAAACCAAAAUGGAAACACACCCUUACACAUAGCGGUUCAGAAUGGCCAGGAGGGUGUCAUCGAGUAUCUCAUAAAUCAUGGAGCUGAUGUGGAGAAGGCGACUCCUGAUGGACAAACGCCCUUACAUCUUGCUGCAUCACUCGGACUUGUUAAAGCAACGAAAUGUCUACUAAGUCAUGGAGCUGAGGUGAAUAUGGACAACGAAGACAAGGACGGCUUAUGUGCAUUGUACAGCGCUGUAAGGAAUGGUCAUCUUGAUGUCACCAAGUCUCUCAUCAGUCGAGGAGCUGAGGUGAAUAAGGGAAAUAAGGACGUGAGGGAGCUGAGGUGA